AUACCAAAGACUCCACAGCAUUUUGACCAGUGUGACCAUUAUUAGACGAUGUUGCCACAAUCGACGAAAAUUGUGAUAUUGAAGUGAAAGAAUUAAACUUGGUGGCAAGAAAGUCGCGAAAGAGUGUUGACUAUUCGAUUUGUUUACAAACAUUUUUACAGUGCCAGCGACGAAAAUCGAAGCGGAAAUUGAAAACGAGAAGCGUAACAAAAAACACAAAGCUGAAACUAAAACUGACACACGCACACAAUUACAAUUAAAGAAAAAAGGUGCUGGAGGAGAGGCGCUGACGCUACGCCACGCCGCGUAAAGCAACAAAAAAAAAGAGGCAAAAAAUACAGUAACAGCAAAGCGCAAAACGAAAAGAAAAGAACAACAACGUUUGAAUUAAUUAAUAAUACAACAAAUUGUUAAUCAAUAAUAGUACUAUUUAAUUAGCAGUGCGCGACAGCAAUGAAUUCAAAGCGCAUUAAGUACACAGCGUCCGAUGCGAAUGUGGUGGGCAAGGAGGAGCAAAUAGUGCCCGUUAUCAUUCAACAAGCGGACGAGGAGGAAGAGGAGGAGGUGGAGGAGGAGGACGUGGAGCCGACACAAUAUACGUAUGCAUAUACCACCGAAGAUGAUGACACAGAGACAGCGGUGGUCACACUCAGCGAUCGCGAUCACGAGGCCCUGGCCAAUGCCCAGGAGGUGAUUAUCGAUGAGAACGGACAUGCGGUCACACUGCAACAGCUGGUGGAGAACAGCACCGUGGAGGAGGUGGAGACCAUAGAGCAGGGCGAUGGCACGCAUACCAUACUGCAUAUUGUGCCCACCAUGGACGAGGAGGACGACGAGGAAGAAGAUGAUGAGGAGGAGGAGACACUGGAGCAGGAUGACGAUGAAAUUGUGGGUGUGGAGCACGAGGAGGGUGAGGAGCACGAAGAAGGCGAGGAGGAGGACGACGAACUCGGUUCCAUUGUCUUCGAGGGCACCAUUGAUCACAGUCCCGACUCCGAUUCGCAGUCGCGCAACAAGACCUUCUAUUGUCCCAAUUGCGGUAAUUGCUAUAGUGCCGCCGGCUCCUUGAAGCUGCACAUGCGCGCCUGUCUCCGGCAGCGAAAUGAGGUGUCCGCCGAGGAUCGCAAGUGCAAGGUGUGCAGCAAGAUUUUCAAUUCGGUUGCCUACCUCAAGGAGCACAUGAUGCGUCACACUGGCGAACAGCCGUUCCGUUGCACGCGCUGUUAUCGCAAGUUUGUGGACGAGUCCAAAUACAAUACGCACAUGGAUUCGCACAAGCAUCAGGACAAGCUGGAGGCGGAGGCAGAGGCGCUGGCAGCGCAGCAUGGCGGCAAGAAGGUGGUGGUCAAGGAGUUCACCUGCUCCUUUUGCACCCAGAACUUUACCGUUGUCUUCGAUGUGGGUCAGGUGAAGCGACGUUAUGCGUGCGACACGUGUCGCGACAAAUACUCGAAUGCGGAGGCACUGCGUCAGCACAAGCAGCAGGUGGAGGAGAAGCGAGAGUUUAGCUGCCAUCGCUGUGGACGCAAAUUCGUGUUCGAAGGCUUCCUGCAGCGCCAUCUGCCGACGUGCGAUGGCAGCAUCAAGCGACGUCGCGACAUGAAGUAGAGCUGGCAGCAACGUGAUGGCAAUUGGCGACGGCGACGUCGACGUCGUAAGAGUUCCCGAUCACAACAAAACAAAGAAGAAGAGCAGCAGGAAGAGCAACAGGAACAACAACAACAACAGCUGAUUAUGUCGCCGCCAAUACGUUACGUUGUUAUAAAGCAGGAGGAGGAGGAGGAGGAGGAACAGCACGAUCAGCAGCCCUAGAGGCUGACCAAAAA